AUGAAUGUGGUGAAGGCGGCGCAGCUGUCGGGGCGGACGCUGGAGAAGGUGGUGGUGCAACCGCUGGUGCUGCUCAGCAUCGUCGACCAGUACAACCGCGUCGCCCGCGACACCAGGAAGCGCGUCGGUGGCGUGCUCCUCGGCACCUCCUCCCGCGGCAUCAUCGACGUCACCAACUCCUACGCCGUGCCGUUUCAGGAGGAUGACAAGGACCCAAGGAUCUGGUUCCUCGACCAUAAUUACCAUGAGUCUAUGUUCUCCAUGUUCAAGAGGAUCAACGCCAAGGAACAUGUCGUUGGCUGGUACAGCACUGGUCCAAAACUGAAGGAGAACGACUUGGAUGUUCAUGCAUUGUUUACCAAGUUCGUGAAGAGGCCAAUCUGGUGUUGUGAAAGAAGGGGGCUGUCCAUGGAGAAGAUCCCGCGGCGAGCUCCUCAGGACUGCUUUCAAAGGGGGAAGAAGCUUAGAGAACUUCAAUUAAAUAGAAGAAUUAUCCAUGAUUUCAUUGUUGUGAAGGAAGGCAAGUUGUCGCACCUGGAGAACUUGCCCAUCAGAGGGAGCAAUGAAGACAUUGUUAGGACAAUUGUGAAAAUUACUCAAUUGCCAUGA